CCCUUUCUCUCUCAUUUAUAAACUCUCUGAGCUCCCAACUCUCCCUCUCUCUCUCUUCACCGAUAUCCCACCUCAGGUUAAGCCUCCCCCACUAUGAAUCACUCCCCUCGGUUUUUAUCCCACGCCGUCAAACAUGUUGCCGCUACUCUCUUCUUGAUCCUACUCCUCUCACCGGAAACUCUAGCUCAGCCUACUCCCGACCAGCGAGAUGACCCCUAUCGCUACCAGAAGUUCAGCCCCUCGAUGGCGGUCAUCAUCGUGGUCCUCGUCGCCGCCCUCUUCCUCAUGGGCUUCUUCUCCAUCUACAUCCGCCACUGCUCCGAACCCCAGCCCGGCAGCGUCCGCGCCGGCGGGACCAUCACCGGUCGCUCCAGACGCGGCGCUGCGCGUGGACUCGACUCCAGCGUCAUCGACACGUUCCCGACCUUGGAGUACAAAGUCGUCAAGGGUUUGAAAAUAGGUAAGGGAGCGUUGGAGUGCGCCGUGUGCUUGAACGAGUUUGAGGACGAUGAGACGCUGCGUUUGAUUCCCAAGUGCGAUCAUGUGUUUCAUCCCGAGUGUAUUGACGAGUGGUUGGCUUCUCAUACUACGUGUCCGGUUUGCCGGGCCAAUCUAGAGCCUCAGGCCGAUGACCCGGUCGUCGAACUCGGUGAGUUGACCGCCCAUGACGACGUCGAAGCCCAACACGAGGUCGACUGUGACUCGGCACCGGACCACCACAACAGUGAUGGACAGCAGGAAGAAGUGGACCCUGAGGUAGUGAACGUGAACCAGACUUUGAAUAGGAACCGCACGCGUGGAAGAUCGAGCCGGUUCCGCCGGUUGUUUCCCCGGUCUCACUCGACCGGGCACUCUUUGGUCCAACCGGGCGAGGACACGGAGCGGUUCACUUUGAGACUACCGGUCGAGGUGAGAAAACAGAUCAUCAACCGGAAGCUACACCGGUCCACUAGUGUGUUGGUGUUGCCGAGAGAAGGGAGUUCACGGCGCGGCCCCCGAAUGGGGGACAGUGGUAGCAACAAUAGAGUGAGGAGCUAUAAGCGGCUCGAGCCAUUGGACCGGACAUUUAAAUCGGAACGGUGGGUUUUUUCGAGGGCGCCAUCAUUUCUAACGAGGAUGUUGUCCGUUAAGUCACCGAAGGUGGCGGUCAACGUGGGUGAGGGACCUUCGGCUCAACCCACCGAGCCGGUUUUUACGAGGAGCGGCUCGGUUCGGCCGGCAGUUUAAUGUAUUUGGUCCUUAUUAAAUUUAUUUUUAUUUAUUGUCACGGUAUAGGUUGAUUUAUUAAAUGUCUAUAAGGUUUUGUAUCUUAUUGUUACAUAUUAUUAAUGAAAUUUAAUUUCUAAAUUAA